CCCAAUGGGUAUGUGUGGCAGAAAGAGAGAGAGAGAGAGAGAAACACACACAUAUACACAAAAAGAAAGUGAGUGGAGAGGAGAGGAGACAUUAGAGGAGAAGGGGGAGAAUCAGCCAGAAAGAGACUUUUUGUGGACUACUGUGUGAUAUGGGAGGCACCUCAUAAAUUCUUCAAGGAGGUCUGAACUUCAGCUUUAUUUAUUUAUUUAUUUAUUUUACUGAAUUAGAAAACAAUCUCUACUGAAACCAAAGGGACAAAGGAAAAAAGAGGAGGUCAUGAAGGACUUGGUACAGUCUGUAGAACUGGGGGUCACCCAGCGGAAAGGAGUUAAAGUAACUCGACCCAAAGUCUGGAUAAAGAAUGAACUUGUUCGUGUGGGACUCGCUGAAUGCCUUUGCACAUAUGUCAUGAUGGCGUUUGGCCUGGGGUCUGUGGCCCAGGUAGUGACAGGACAGGGGGCAUUUGGACAGUACCUCAGCAUCAACCUGGGUUUUGGACUGGGUGUUGCUAUGGGGGUGCAUGUUGGAGGGAAGGUCUCAGGGGCUCACAUGAAUGCUGCAGUGUCAUUCACAAUGUGCACGUUUGGUCGCCUUGCGUGGAAGAUGUUGCCUCUGUAUGUUUUUGCGCAGCUGUUGGGAUCCUUUCUGGCAGCUGGGACAAUUUAUGCUGUCUAUUACGAAGCCAUACAUGCUUACUGUGGGGGAAACCUGACUGUAACUGGGAUAAAGGCCACAGCUGGUAUCUUUGCCACUUAUCCGGCACCAUACCUCUCCUUGUUGGCUGGAUUCAUUGACCAGGUGUUUGGCACGGCUAUGCUGCUGCUGUGCCUGAUGGCUCUGUCCGACCAGAGGAACAAACCGGCCGCAGCAGGCAGUGAGCCUGUCGCUGUGGGUCUCCUGGUGCUGCUCAUUGGCAUCUCCCUAGGCAGCAACAGCGGCUACGCUAUCAAUCCCACCAGAGACAUCGCACCCAGGGUCUUCACCGCCAUAGCAGGCUGGGGAGCUGAUGUGUUCAGGGCUGGAAAUGGGUGGUGGUGGGUGCCUCUGGUUGCUCCUCCCAUUGGAGGUGUACUGGGUGCAGGGAUUUACAAGGCCUUGGUGGAACUGCACCACCCACGCCUCUCUGAACAGGGUGGGGGGCUGGUGGAGAAGCUGGAGGAGGAGGAGAAUGCUCCUCUCGAGAAACAGAAAAACAGCUGUGAAAACGUAUGUGUGUGAGAGAACCCCCCCCCGGUUGUGUAAAGUGCUAAGGGCAUGUAUAGCUGUGUGUAUAUCUGCAGUGUAAAACAUUCCAUGAUGAUGAAGGGUUAAAAAAAAAAGGCCAAAAAUGAGAAUAGCCCAAAUAAGGUUUAGAAUAUAUCACGCAAUUUUAAAAUUAGUCUGUUUUAUGUAAUUAAAUUCCUCAUUAGUUAUUCCACUAGAGUUACUGUAAAAGAGACCAACUAUAAUACAUAUAAGAUAUACAUUACUGUGACAGUGACAAUAUCUUUGGGCAGUUACGGCUUGCUCCUAUCCAUGGUAGUUAUAGUAACUACAUUAAGAACAAAAAUGUUGAAAACAAAACUGGAGCCAUUUCAUGCAUUGAAGAAGAACAAAAUCACACUGACUGGCUUACAGUAUAUUUUAUAUUAUUGAGGAAAUAACAGCUGAUAUAACCUUGGUAUCAUCCAGUGCAACAAUCAACAGGGGACCACUUGCAUGAGCUUGGAAAUGAUAGUGUAUGUAAAGAAAUACAAACAGCCCCAAUGCAUUGCACUUAAAUUAACAUAUAUCCUUUUGAAAAUAAAACAGAAACAGUGGGAGUUUGCUCCUCCCAGCUUGAAAGGGCAGCGGCACAACUGAAGAUAAUAUACACGUUCAUCUUUCCAACAGUCCAGCACACAGCAGCCUACGGGCAAAAUGUGUAUAUGUGUCUUGAUUAACUUUGUGGGAGCUCCAAAGUACUUGAACCAAAAAUGUAAUCCUAUAAGUCUUAUUCAUUUUGCUCUCCAAAAUGAUGCAGUAUAACCUCAUCAUAUUGAUAUGGAAUGCCAUAGAUGCCAUUAUACAACACAUACAUCAAAAGGCCCAAACUAACAGAUUUGUGAUGUUUACAUUACAUUACAUUAAAGCACAGCGUGAGUGAGGGCCUGCAGAGAUAAAAUGGCCAGUAAACCGGUGGAAAACAUAGAAUAAUAAAGAAAGCCUAGCUUGAUGGUUUAUUGCCAAUCUUUCACAAUGUGACAUUUCAUGGUUCAGAUUUGCAUACACACCUAAGUGAUGUAAUGUUUGAUACUAAAGCUCCAAGGCAUCUAUCAAGUGUGUUCUGCAAUUUUUAUGGAAGCUCCGAACUGUGAGCUGUAUUAUUGUUAGUGAAUCAUGUGACAGUGUCUGCAGGUAAAAAGCACUUUGCUGCACAAAUGAAACCAACUCAGUAUUAGUCUCAGUCUUCGUGUUUCUUUCAAUUUAAAAGUCACAUAAAGAAAUGUGUUAUUUACCAAUUUUCAAACUUCUUUUAUAAUUUUGUAUAUUAUGUGUGUUAUUGUUGUAUAAUACAUUCAAAAUUGAAAAAUAUUUACAGCACCAAACCAAGCCUAGUGAUAAUAACUAGUUGCCCUUAUGAUACAGUGCCCUUAUUGAGCAUUAAUGAGUCCUUUUUAGUUACAGCAGUGGUACAAUUUGUUACUACAUGUCAGUAUUACUUGUGCUAUGCCAGCAGCACAUGAUCACAGUUUAUGAAUUGGCUGCUUUGAAUUAUUUUCACCAGGAGGUGUCACUAGUGAACACUGUGUUAAAUGAGGCUGCAAAUAAUGAAUAUGUUGCUGAUGCACUUGGCUACUAACCUGUAGCAGUGAGAGGUAAACAACAAUACUUGAGCUAUCAGGAUUUUCCAUGUCUAUCUAAAUGUGAGGCAGGCAAGAUAUUUUUUUAACCACCUAAACAUAACUACAGUCAGAAACACAGUGUUACCUGCCAUGCUGCCUCCAACAGGUGGUACCAUUUUAGCCAUAUGCUGAUCCAAGAAAACCCUGGUUAUGCGUCUAUUUAGACAUUCAGCAUUCGAAGAUGUCUAGCCAAUGAAGGAAUUGCUGACCGCUCUUCUAAGCCAUGUUGGUCAUGUGCACAUGAUUAUGAUGUUUUCUUUGAGUGGGAACCUUCUCACCGCUUUGUCCCACUGUGUCUUCCUGUGCUCCCUUGGCUCUUGGCUGAGCUCCCUGAGCUGCAUUGUGUUGACUGCUUCUUCUUUGGGGCCGGUACCUUGGCUUUGCCUUUAAAAGCCCUAGUGGGAUCCAGCUUGUUGAGAUAAGUAUCUCCGGCAGGAUCAGCCACGCUGAGCUCACUGCUGAAGGUCAGCGGUUGGUACAGGGAUGCCCACUGCUGUAGAUGAAACAGCAUAUAGAAAGUGUGCUACUUUUUAUCUGGACAAAAAAUAACACAUAAUAGCUUAUACAAUAACCAUUAGAAACUAGAUGUAACAAUAGGAACACUAGAUAGAGUCUUACUACCUCCUUUAUGCUCUAGCAAUGUAAUUUACAGUCUCAGGAACUUUGGUAUUCAGUGCAUGGGAGUAAAAAGACUUAAAAAGAUGGUGAUGACUAGAGAACUAGUUUGCAAUUUUCUAGUUACAGAUGUUGGGAUUGAACACUUGCAUCAUGUCAGUGUCUGAAAACGUUUGAGUGUUGUGCCAACAGCCAACACUGUAGUAUAUUGUAAAGGGAACAGAAUGAAUAAAAUGUAUUUUAUACACCU